UCCUUGCCCGCUCUGUGCCGUGGCUUCUCUUUAGCGACGGGUUCUAAGAGUUAGGGUAGUAUGGUUGUGUUUGGACUUAAUGAUCUUGAAGGUCUUUUCCAACCCGAGCAGUUCUAUGAUUCGAUGAUUCUCCCAGCAGUGCUAAAGCUGCCUUGCAGUCCAGCAGAGCCAUCCCCUGCUUGCCUGGGAAGUCAGAAAGAAAGGAGCCCUUUUGACACCACCAGCCAGCUGAGGCCAUGCGCAGAAUCCAGCUCUCCCCGGUCCGCCAACCAGGCUGCCGUCCCAGGUGGAGGGCUGGAACCCAGGGAGAGCUGCAGAGGAGCUGCUUUGAGGCAGGGGAAGGGGCAUAGCUCAGUGCAAGGGACACUUGUCCCGGGGUUGGAAGUGACCCAGCCGUCGGGCUGUGAAGCAUGGGCUGCUCCUGUGUGCGACCCUCACCCCUUUAUGGUGCGGAAGCAAAAAUGACGGAGCUGGUCUGCACUUGGAUGGAGACUUUUGCAAGGAGCCGUGAUGCGGCAGCACGAUUAAAGCGGGAGGUGAUGCUGAAGCACAGCAGAUGAGUUUUUGGCUUCUCCACAAACCACAACUUCCCCCCCAGCAGCUGCGGGUGCUGAUACAGGGCCCGUCCAGCCCCUGCAGCCAGAAGGGAGGCAAAGCAGCAGGAGAGCAGACACUGAGGGGUCAUGGCCAUGCGGUUCCCCGCUCUGCUGCUGCUGAUCCUCGCAGCCCUGCCGCCCGCAGCCGUCCCCACAGCCCCGCCGCCGCCCUGCCCGUGGGAGAUGAACAAGGUGAAGGACAUCGUGGAGGUGAACUGCACCGGGCGGGAUCUCGGCGCGGUGCCCGCCGGCCUGCCCGAGGACACGGGCAUCCUGCUGCUCAACGCCAACCGCCUGCCGUCCGUCUCCACCGCCGCCUUCCAGCCGCUGCCCGCCCUGCAGGACCUCGACCUGUCCGACAACGGCCUGCGGGCCGUGCACGCCGAGGCCCCGCUGCCCAGCCUGAAGGAGCUGCUGCUGUCCCGCAACGCGCUGGAGGCUCUGCCCGCCCUGCAAGGCCUGCCCGCGCUCACCCGCCUGGCCCUGGCUCACAACCAGCUCCGCGCUCUGGCCCCCGCCGCCUUCCGCGCCGUGCCGCGGCUGCAGGACCUGGACCUGCGGGGCAACGCGCUGCGGACGCUCCCCGAGGACGCCUUUGCGGAGCUGCGGGCGCUGAGGGACUUGGAUCUGUCGGACAACGCCUUGGAGGAGCUCCCCGCCGGGCUGCUGCGGGACCUGGAGAAGCUGGAGACGCUGUGGCUGUCGGGGAACCGGCUCCGCGCCCUGCCCUCCGGCUUCUUCCCCGAGGGGCACCUCUUCGCCUACGUCUUCCUCACCAACAACUCCUGGCACUGCGACUGCAGCCUGGUCUACCUGCGCUCGUGGAUCCUGAGGAACGAGGGGAGCGUCUACGAGCCCGAGCGCGGCCUGGGGAAGACGAAGGUGGAGCUGGCCCCGGAGAAGGUGCUGUGCCACAGCCCCGACGAGCACCAGCACAAGCCCAUCAUCCGCUUCAAGCCCGACUGCGGCCACGUGGGGGAUGCAGAAGAGGAUGAGUAUGAUUACCCCGAUGUGGAAUGGACCACCAAAAAGCCUCUCGUGACCUCUUUGCCCUAGCACUACUCUCACACUCAUGGUGGUCGCUAGAUCUGAAAUGAUUUCCAGGCUGCUUGGCAGGGGUGGGCAUUGUCCUAAACCAGAGUUUGGGGCUGAAAUGUCAGGUUUUGGGCAGUGUGGGAAAGCUGAACUGGCUUUGUCCGCUACGUGCUAACUGCUUCUGCUCAAAUGACACACACAAAUGCAUCACACUUUCACUGAAUAAAUAUUCCCUUUGCCCGAAUUCCA